AUGACUGGUCGCGGCAAAGGUGGCAAGGGCCUCGGCAAGGGCGGCGCCAAGCGUCACCGCAAGAUUCUCCGCGACAACAUCCAGGGCAUCACCAAGCCUGCUAUCCGACGUCUCGCCCGUCGUGGCGGUGUCAAGCGUAUUUCUGCCAUGAUCUACGAAGAAACCCGUACUGUUCUCAAGACAUUCCUCGAGGGUGUCAUCCGAGAUGCCGUCACCUACACUGAGCACGCCAAGCGCAAGACUGUCACGUCGCUGGAUGUCGUCUACGCCCUGAAGCGACAAGGCCGCACUCUGUACGGGUUUGGCGGUUAA